AUGGACGGACGAGACGGCGGAGGAGCCAGCGCGUCGGCGCCGGAGGGCGGCGCGGCCGCGCAGGCUCAGCCGGGCGGCGGACGAGGCGGCACCGGGCCGCGAGCACCUCGGGCGGCGCGUGGCGAUCGGCGGGCGCCGACGCGGGCGUGCCUGCGGUAUGUGGGCCCGUGCACUUCGACGAUGGCUCUGGUGCGGCGUGGAGCUGGACACGUGCGACGGCGCCACGACGGCGAGGUGAACGGGGCGCGCUACUUCGCGUGCCGCCGCGCCGCGGGCUGCUGGCGCCCAUCGCCAAGGUGCGCCUGGUGGGCGGGCUCGCGCUGCUCGCCGCGCUGGCCGCCGCCCCGCGCCCCCCCAGCCGCAGCCCCCCUCGGAGGGGGAGACGUCGCCCACGGCGUCCCCGCCAAGCGCCCGCGCCGCAUGACGUUCGCCCUCCCUCAGGGCUCCAGCAACUUCAGCCUGCUGCCGCAGGGUCGCCGUUGGCGGCCCGUCCCGCGCUCGCGGCGUGCGCAGCUGCCGCCGCCCCGCCGCCCCAGCAGCUUCGUGACGAGCGUGACGAGGUGUACGAGCAUCACGAGCCUGGACACGGGCUACCAGGGCGACGGCGAGUGGAGCCGGCCGGCCAGCCGUGGCGCCGCACCAUCGCCACGGGCCCCGCGCCGCCGCCGCGGGCGCCGGCCGCCGCGCGCCGCCCGACCCAUGACCGACUCAGACUUCUUCACGGAGAGCGACGCCGACCCGCACGACGAGCCGCGCCCGCGGCGCUGCCGGCCGCAGCUGCCCGCCGGGAUCGGCGCGUGGCGCAGCGGCAUGCCCCCGCAGCCGCACCAGCGCUGCCCCAGCUUCACGGCGUCCGUCAGCGAGGAGAUGGAGUCGAGCGGCGUCUACUCGGACCUGGAUCGGCGCGGGGAUGACGCGCCGCAGGAGGAGGGCGCGGACGGCGAGCCGCCCUCGCCCACCGCCCUCGCCUCGCCCACGGCGCCCGCCCUCACCCUCGCCCUCGCCCCCUCGGCGGACGCGCCCGCCGACCUCUCCCCCGACGGCUCCCUCAAGACGCUGUCGUCGCGCAGCCCGGCCUGCGACGUCCCCGGCCUCACCGUCCUCACCGACCUCAACGCCACCCUGACGGCCUUCAACCCCGCGCUCACCUCCACGCCGGGAGGAGGCGGCGAUGGCGGGGACCGCGUGCCCUUCUCCCGCCACCGCCACCCCGGCAAGGGACACGCCCCCACGCUGCAGGCCACGCCGGUGUCCACCCCCGCGCCGUCGACGCCCCGCCGCCUCCACCCCACGCCCCGCAAGCCCGCCCCGAAGACCGAGCUGCCGCCGCGCGCAAGUUACAAGAUGCGAAGCGCAACGUCACCUCCAAGAUCAAAGACGAUGCUGAGUCGUCGGCGCCGCGCGGCGCGCCGCCGGCCGACAGACGACCGGGAGGCGCGGCCGCCCUCGCUCGGCGCGCCGCCCCGGCCGUGGGACGCCGUGCUCGAGAAGAUCGCCGUGGGCCAGGCCGAGCAGAAGCUCAAGCCGCGCCUCAAGGAGGUGAAGAGCAAGGUGUUCGCGGGCAUCGCCACGCCGCCGGCCGCCGCCGACGCCAAGGCCAGCGCGACCCCGCCGCGCCGCCCCGACGCGCGCAAGGGCGUGCAGAGCCCCGGCCCCAAGAGAAGUGAACAAUGUUUGCAAGGGAAGGGUUCAAAACUACACAGUGAAUCAUUACAACAAUACUAA